AUGACCAUCAUCCUCCAACCUCAAACCCAACGAGAUCAUUCGAAAAUAUUCAAAAGCUUAGGACUAGCAGAGGACGUGAAAGCGAUCAACGUAUUCGCCUAUCUUCUUUCCUCCUUUGUUUCGGUCUCAUCCUUAGUCUUUAUCAGUGCCUCCACCAGCUUCGUUUUGACCACUAUCAUCCAUUUACCUUCGGAUAGAAUCGGCCGAACUAAUGGGGCGUUGAUUUUGUUGGACGAGCUGGUCGCUUUACCCGCUGUUUUGGUUUGGGGUCGACUAGCUGAUAUUUAUGGCUAUCGUACGGUCACUGUUAUUGGACAUUUGGCAAUUGCAAUUUCUCUGACAAUAUAUAUCCAGUCACGAUUAGAAUAUCAACUGUUUCUAUCUCGGAUUAUUCUCUCGAUCGGUUUUGCGGCUUUGACGACGAUGCUGAGUACGAUUCUCGCCUCGAUGACUGCCUCGCGUCUGCCACCACCAAUUCCCGCGGUUUGUGAGGAACCUGUGGGUAAUAUCGAGGGGCAGAUAAAUUUGUUAUCCAGGAUAAGGAAACGCUCUUUGAUCGUUAGUCAGCGCUCAUCGCGUCUGUCGGGAUUGAUAGGCUUUACAAGUGGCUUGGGUGCCCUUUUUGGAGUUUUUGUUCUUUUGCGGUUGCCUUCCUAUUUUGCCAACUGGAGUCACUCUCCUGUGCGUCAAGGUCUGGAAGCGGGCGUCAGAGGGUCAUUUUAUGUUGCUGCCAUCAUCGCUUUGAUCACCAGUAUCUUGAUGGUUUUCGGUCUUCGUCGACGAGGAGAAAUGCUGUGGCCGAUGAAGAUUCCUUCGUCGAACCCUUCAACUCAUUGGAAAGAGUCGAUCCUAGCACUUAUGUUAGGGUUCAAAUUGAUCAAACAACAUCGCCAUUUGAUCGUGGCUUAUGCUUCUGGGUUCGCUGCCCGUGCAACGACAAUAGGUGUUACCGCAUAUAUCCCUGUCUUUGUAAAUCAAUACUUUAUAUCAACAGGACAAUGUCAACUCGAUAGACCAGAUGCGCCACCUGAUGAAGUGAAAAAGGGUUGUCAUGCUGCGUUUGCUUUGGCGAGUGCUCUCACAGGAACUGUCCAGCUGUGUGCGCUGUUACUAUCUCCUGUUGUAGGAUGGAUGGCGUCGGUAUAUCCUCAAGCUAGAAUCCUUGCCACCUCGAAUCUCUUGAGUGCACUGGGAUUCAUUGGAUUCGGACUGCUUCCCAGGCCAAACCAUUUCUUAGUCUGGCCGAUAUGUAUCUUGCUCGGCCUGUCACAGAUCACUGGGAUUGUUGUGUCUCUGAGCCUCUGUGCCAGUUGUCGAUGGCAGAUCUUCCAUUCCGAGUCCGCUAUCUCUCGUCAAACUGAAUCCACCCCGCUGAUCUCUGAUCCUCCUCAGUCCAAUCGAGCACCAUGGCAGGAAAUCAGCGGUGCCAUAGCCGGUGUUUACUCUUUGUCUGGCGGACUUGGAAUCUUGGUCGGAUCCUUUGGUGGGAUCCUUUCUGAUUGGUCUCCUCGAGCUCCUUUCUAUCUCACUGGUGUAAUAGCUUUUCUAGCCUCUCUGGUUUGCAUUCUUGUCGGCCAUUCAGUAGACAUUUGA